UCCCACUAAAAGACAAAAACAAUAAAACAAGCACAAGCAACAAUAAAAAGAAACGAAUUAAAUUAGAAACAAAAAAAUUUAUAAAUGGAAACCUAAAGAUAACACAAAUUAAACAGAUGAAAAAAUGUGGUCGCACUAUAAGCAAACGAAUUAAAUAUUGUGCAUUUCGCUGAAAACGACAGAAAAUUGUAAAAGAGAAAUUAUAUAAAAAAGAAAAAUCACUUGGAAAGUCAUCAGUAUACAAAUUGUAGAGCAGAAAAACAUUUUUUCAAUAAUUUCAUUAAAAUUGUGUGUAAAAGGUUUUUCUGAAUAUGAUGAAUGGCAUUAUUGAGCAACAAAAUGGUGCAGGCAGUAGUAGUAGUUCACAGCAAAUGGCUGAGCCCUUACAUUUGCAACGUUUGGAGGCCGCCUUGGAUAUGCGUCCCUUUAUGAGUUAUGCUCGUGAGGUCAUGUCUAGACCCUUAACCAGUCCGGAUGAGUCAGAGGCUGAUGACUCCCAAGGCGAGGAGUCGGAUGAUGAGGAUGGCGAAAAAUUGCCGGGAGAGCUCAAGAGAAAGAAAACUAAAAAAUUGGGUACUAAACAAGAACGUCAGGCUGUUAAAGAGCAACUUUUUAACUUUAACGAUCUAACAGCCGAUCGUGAAUGGUUGUAUGAUGUGCUGCUAAGUGACACAGAUACCGAAUCUGAUAUAAGUGAUGAAGAUGAUUACAUCAAAGAAAUGUUAAAAACGCACAUGAAACAGCAAAAGCUAAGAGAAAAUUUUUACAAAAAACCUACAAAUACUCAAUAUGCUUAUUAUGGAGCUGGUUUACUUUCUAACCAUGACAUGUUCCCAGAACAUCAACAGUCCGUUGUGGGUGUACGCAAACGCAAGAGACGCACAAAGAAAGAUAAACCCUUAAAACUAGCCAAAUUACCGAAGUUGCCAAAGCCACCCAAAAUACGUAGACCACGUAAAUUGAAGCAGAAACCAUUGGAAGAUCCAGAGCCAGGUGAAGUGCAUCCGGAAGAUCUUAAACAUUAUGCUUAUGCUGAUACCACGGCAGUCAAUGAUGAUGAGGAAGAUAUUGAUAUAAAUUCCGAAGGUGAAACUUCUAUGGCUAUGGAUUCAUCAAGAGAUCCUACAGGGCUCUCAGCUCUUACGCCAUAUGCGGGUAGAGGACGUCGUCGCAGAAGUCAACAGGGAGUGGUUAGAACUCCAGAAGUUAUGGCAGCACGUAGAAAACGCGUGUGGCAGUUAAUGGCUAAAAAGGAAUUGGGUAGAUGUCAAAGAGCUAAGAUUAAUAAUCACAAAGAAGUGGUACAAAAUUGCAAACGUGUGGCUACCAUGUGCAUGAAAGUGGUACGACAAAGAGCCAUGCAUUCGCAAAAGGUAAUGAAAGAAACUGUAUGGAGGGCUAAACGUCUUACCAGAGAAAUGUUGUCUUAUUGGAAACGUUAUGAGCGGGUAGAGCGAGAUACACGACGCAGAAUGGAAAAGGAAGCAGAAGAGCAACGUAAAAUGGAUGUGGAAAUUAUAGAAGCUAAACGGCAGCAAAGAAAACUUAAUUUCCUUAUUACCCAGACCGAGCUGUAUGCUCAUUUUAUGUCCAAGAAGCUGGGCCAGGGUACAGAGGAAGAACAACUGCGCAUUUUGAACCAAUUAGAUGAAGAAGUAAAUCCACGUUUAGCGGCCUAUGAUGACUACGAUGCCGAUCAAAUGAAACAAUUGGCUCAACAACAUGCUGAAGAGGCCUUUUCAAAUGAUCGACGCAAAACUAAACAAUUUGAUGUGGCUGCUGGUGUGGAAAGAAACUUAGGUCAUGCUGAGGUCAAAAAAGAGGAAGGUGAUGUAGAUGUAGAUUUUAUAAAGGAGGAAGAUAAACCUGACUCUUUAUUGCCUGAAAAGACACAGGCAGAUCUGCCACAGCCCGCUAUAUUUAAGGGUACCUUGAAGGCGUAUCAGAUUAAAGGUAUGACUUGGUUGGCUAAUCUUUAUGAUCAAGGCAUUAGUGGCAUACUUGCCGAUGAAAUGGGUCUGGGUAAAACUGUACAAUCCAUAGCAUUCCUUUGUCAUAUAGCUGAAAAAUAUGGUGUUUGGGGCCCAUUUUUGGUUAUCUCACCUGCCUCUACUUUACACAAUUGGCAACAGGAAAUGGCCAGAUUUGUGCCCGAUUUCAAUGUAGUGCCCUAUUGGGGUUCCCCUAAUGAGCGAAAAAUUUUGCGGCAAUUUUGGGAACAAAAAGAUCUACAUACCAAAGAUGCCAGUUUUCAUGUAGUCAUUACCUCGUAUCAACUUAUAGUCUCCGAUUACAAAUACUUUAAUCGCAUUAAAUGGCAAUAUAUGGUUUUAGAUGAGGCUCAAGCUAUCAAAAGUGCCACCUCAAUGCGUUGGAAGUUGUUAUUAGGUUUCAACUGCCGCAAUCGUUUGCUGCUUAGUGGAACUCCCAUUCAAAAUAGUAUGGCUGAACUAUGGGCUCUACUGCAUUUCAUUAUGCCUACACUUUUCGAUUCUCAUGAUGAAUUCAAUGAAUGGUUUUCAAAGGACAUUGAAUCACAUGCUGAAAAUAAAACCGGCAUAGAUGAGAAACAAAUCUCUAGACUGCACAUGAUUUUAAAACCUUUUAUGUUAAGGCGUAUUAAGAAAGAUGUGGAAAAUGAACUGUCGGAUAAAAUUGAAAUUAUGGUUUAUUGUCCUCUAACCAUAAGGCAAAAAUUACUGUAUAUGGCUUUGAAGCAAAAAAUACGCAUAGAAGAUUUACUCAAUUUGACCCGUGGUGGUGGUUCGUCCUCCUCCGAUGGCCAUCAUGUGGAUCGUAACUUCACAUCGAAUCUUAUGAAUCUCGUUAUGCAAUUUCGUAAAGUGUGCAAUCAUCCGGAAUUGUUUGAGCGUCGUGAUUGUAAAAGUCCUUUCGCCAUGAAGUGUGAGGAGUAUGUAAUUCCUCGUUUAGUGUUUGAGGAUGGUUUGCUGUAUCGUGCGCUGCCCAGUAAGAGGCAUUUAUUAUAUAAUCGCUUUUCCAUUUUUAAAGCCGAUCACCUGCAUCAUUCCAUGUUUAAGGAAUCGAAAGAUAAGUCUGAUUUAAAACCCAAUGAAUAUUAUAAACGUUAUGUGGAUUUGAAUGCAAAUAAUGAAGGCUGCUUUAGUUUUACUCGUUUAUGUGAUCUCUCUCCUAAGGACAUGGAAGAUACCACCAUAAAUGGCUUAAUAACAUUAUUACAACAUUACCUUAAAAAAGUAUUACUCUAUCGCUUAUGGGCCUAUAGACGGCAAUGGUGGUCAGAUUAUUAUAAACCAACAAAAAUGCAAUUGUUAGAACCCACAUUAGAGAAUCCCUUAAAUAAAGAAUAUUUAAUGGAAAGUAGUGUUAUAAGGCAAUUGUUGUUUACAGGAACGACUUCCGCCGAGAGCACCAUUUACGCCUAUGGAGAUUACAAAACCUACAAUAUUCAAGAAACCAUCGAACAUCGCGUUAUUCGCAGUAAAUAUAAACAAAAUAUUGAAGAGGCUGAUAUUAAAAAUGAAAUGUUAGACGAAGCUGAAUCGGAAUUGAUUAUAAAUGCUGCCAAUUCGGCGAAUAAACAAAAACUUAGUAAAGAACCUUUAAGACUACUUCCAGAAUUUGAGCAUAAACAACGUUUGCCUCAGUAUUAUCAAUGUGAACCAUUGGAAAUGCCUAGAUUUUUAUAUGGUUUGAAUCAUAAGAUUAAUUCCUACAAAAGGCAACUAUAUUGUGAAAGUCGUGCCGCAGCCUGGUCUAACAUUCGUCAUGAACACUGUGAAAAUCCAGAGGGUUUACAGCUGAUCGAAAACACUUUCAAAUUGGCUGCACCACGUUUUGGUUGGUCCUCCAUUAUAAUACCCGAUAAAGAAACUCUUAUAUCUGAUGCUGGUAAAUUGGCUGUGUUAGAUGGUUUAUUAACACGUCUCAAGGCUGAAGGACAUCGUGUUCUAAUUUACUCCCAAAUGACUAAAAUGAUAGAUUUAUUAGAGGAAUAUAUGUGGCAUCGCAAACAUCGUUAUAUGCGUUUAGAUGGUUCCAGUAAGAUUUCAGCACGUCGUGAUAUGGUUGCUGAUUUUCAAACUCGUCAGGAUAUCUUUGUUUUCUUGCUCUCUACUCGUGCCGGUGGUUUGGGUAUUAAUUUAACGGCAGCUGAUACGGUAAUUUUCUAUGAUUCCGAUUGGAAUCCCACCGUCGAUCAACAGGCUAUGGAUCGUGCUCAUCGUUUGGGUCAAACAAAACAAGUCACUGUAUAUCGUUUGAUCUGCAAAGGAACUAUAGAAGAACGCAUUCUGCAAAGAGCACGAGAAAAAAGUGAGAUUCAACGCAUGGUUAUUAGUGGCGGUAAUUUCAAACCCGAUACUCUUAAACCCAAGGAAGUAGUUUCAUUGCUAUUGGAUGAUGAGGAAAUUGAAACAAAAUAUCGCCAAAAAGUUGAAAAUAACUCUUUAGAUGUUUCGGCUUCUACCAGUUCGAAAGAUCAGCAGCCAACAAUUGCUGAGAAAAAGAAACGUCAACCUAAUAAGACUGCAGCUACUACAACAUUACCAACAGGAGGUAUUACCAUACCAGCCACUCCUCCAGCCAUAACUAACUUUUCUGCUAGUACGCUGGCUGGUGGUGAUGAUUUAUCAAAUACUUCACCCUUGGCUAAACGUUUAAAAUUGGAAAUACCAAAUAAUACAGCAGCUAUAGAUGAUGAUUCUAUAGAUGUGGCGGCAUCUGAAACAUCGAGUACCUCUUUACAUAUAAAUAAUAGUGAAACUUUACAACAACAGCCGCUGCAGCAACAACAUAAUGAAGAUUCUGAAAAUGAGGCUUUAAUUGUAGAUUGUGAAAGUCCCAUGCAACAGGGCAACGAAUCACCAACUUUAUUUGAUGAUUGCUUAGGACCCAUACGCAGAAGACAUCAUCCCAGAGGCACUAAACGUGGUAGACCGAGAGGAAGCACGAGAAGAGGUGGAGGAAAUGGUGCAGCAGCAACAUCAAGGACUAGUACGUCGCCGGGACAAGUUUCGAUUUCAUCAAAUAAUGAAGGUAAGUUUAAUCAUAUGAAGUGGCUAAUACAAAUUUAACUUCCGUUUCCUUGUUAAUCUGUAAGAAGAGUUUGUA